ACGGCCGGUGGACCAAUUGCGUAUCAUGAAAACUUAGCACCAAAUUUGUAUUUUAGUGCACGAGCUGCGUCUUCUCGUGUUUUUAGGUCUGGUAACGGAAACGUUAACAAAAAUGAUGGACGCUUUGUCGGUGGUGAGCCAGCUCCGGGACCUGGCUUCUGAACCACAGAACCGUGAGGUGAUAGUCCAGGACCAGGGCUGUCUUCCCGGGCUGGUACUUUUCCUGGACCACAAGGACCCAGACGUUCUUCUUGCAACUCUGCAGACUCUGCGGUACUUGGCUGAGAUGUCUCCCAACAUCCCUAUCAUGAAGAAUGAACUAGGUAUGAUGGUGAGCUUGGAGAAUCUAAUGGGAAGGGAGGGCCCCUCUGACAUUACAGCCUUGGCUCAGGAGGUGUAUGGCAUUCUGAGCGCACCUGCUUAUCCUGUGCCCCACACAUAUGAAAGGGAGAGGAGAAGGAAAUCCCAGUUCUUUAUCAACUCCUCCAACAAGAAGGCAAAGUCUGUCACUCUGCACAUCCAGGGGCUCAACAGCACUGACCAGCGAGGCCUGUGUGAGGAGGCUCUUCUCAAGGUCAGAGGAGUAAUCAGCUUCACUUUUCAGAUGGCCUCCAAGAGAUGCACAGUCCGCAUUCGCUCAGACCUGUCCACUGAGAGUCUGGCAUCUGCCAUUGCUGCCACUAAAGUGUUGUCAGCCCAACAGGUGGUGAAGAACGAGGCAGGAGAAGAGGUAUUGAUUCCUCUGAACACAUCUGGAGUGAAGGUGCAACAAAACUCAGCUCUACCAGACUAUCUCCCAGAAGAGGAGAGCCCAGUGCAGGAGGUUGACAGAGCUAUUUCUCGCACCACAGCUAAGGAAGAUUCCAGUGGAAGCUGGCUCAACGCAGCCGCCGGCUUCCUCACAAAAACCUUCUACUGGUGAAACUGGAGCAGUUUUACUCUGAGGCCCAGUGUUGCAGAACUGUGCUAAAAGACUACUCCUUGUGCAUGAUACUGGAAAGGAAUAACUUAGCACACCACAGGAGUACAUCCUGGCUUUGUGUGCAUUAUGUGAACUUCAAACUUUCGUCAGAAUAAUCAACCGCUUCACAACCACUUUUGAUUUUAAGAUUUAGCUCUAUUCUACUUUGAGUAGAAUGGAAGCAUACUUGAAAAAAACGACAACCUUGAUUUACAUAAUUCCUGCUACUUUUCUAAGUGUAAAUAUUUUCUUUAAAUGUCAAACGAUUUUCUUCCUUCUACAUGAGUUAAAAUUGUUCCUUGUAGUUAGUUGGUAGUUUUUGGUUUAAGCCAAAAUAAAUGUACAAAAUAUUAGUUGACAAUGUGCACUGUGUGAUUUGUCUGCUGUUCUCAAACUAUAAAACGGACAAGAUAA